AUGGCUUCAGUAACUAAAGUAGAUGAUCGCUUAAUUGAUAUAGGUAAAGAGAAACACUUCCUUGAAUACGAUGAGCAACCGAAUCCUUCACCACCGGACGAUCUUGAUGACCUACUUCAAAUUGAUUUAGAAGAAAUUAACCUUUCAGAAAAUCCAGCAGAUCUUGAUGAGGGAGAUUUAACAAUGAAUUUCAAAGCUAUCAAUCAAACAGCCGAUUUUGAUACACCUGAUUACUCCAACGAUGAAGGUUACGACGAUACUGAUCGUGAUGAGCUAGCACUGGAUCCAGGGAAACUUGAUAAGGUGGACGAUCCGGUGAAGGUGUAUCUACGAGAGAUGGGGAGUAUCGCUUUACUGACUAAGCAGCAGGAGGUCUCCCUGUCAAGGCAGAUUGAAGAAGGGCAUCGUAAGGUCGAAGAGACAAUAUUUGAAACGCCAAUUGCAAUUGCAGAAAUUCGGAAACUGCUCAAUCGAAUUUUGAUCGGUAAGAAAAAGGCUUCUGAUGUGCUUUCGAUGGAGGUUGCAAGCACAUCCGCUAAUGAUAAGGAAGAUAAAUAUCUGAAAAAAGCACGGGAAUUGAUGGCAGAUUUGAAAGAGCGAGAUUUAGAAAUGCGCCUCCAAGAGCGCAAGCUAAACUAUGAAAAACUGCCUGCUAAGGAGAAGAAAGCCCUUCGCAAAAAGCUUGAAUGCGAUCGUUUAGAAUUGGUAGAGACUCUUAAGGAACUCAGAAUUGAUCGGGAAGAAAUUAGUAAAAUUGCAGGUAAGAUUAAAGAUAUUGCGACCCGCAUGGCGAAUUUGGAAAAGCAGGUGACAAAGAUUGAGAAAGAAUGUGACUUAUCCGCGACUGAACUCUGUCAGCAGGUGCAGGAUUACACGCUGGGUAAAGCACAACCUACUGCCUCUGGCGGUAUCAAGAAACUCAAAGAAUAUAACCGGAAGAUCGUCAAGGCGAGGAGGACCAUCAAAAGAUUGGAGCGUGAAAUUGGCGCGUCACGUGAGCAACUUGACUGCGCGACCCAGCGGAUUCGCGCGGGAGAAGCGAGGGCGCAAGAAGCAAAGAUGACGAUUGUCGAGGCUAACCUGCGGCUCGUCGUCAGCAUUGCCAAGAAAUAUAGAAAUCGAACGCCAGGUCUGACGUUUCUUGACCUCAUUCAGGAGGGGAAUAUCGGCUUGAUGAAAGCCGUCGACAAAUUCGAGUAUAAGCGGGGUUAUAAAUUCAGCACUUAUGCGACAUGGUGGAUUCGUCAAGGGAUAACCCGUGCUAUCGCUGAUCAAGCGCGCACGAUUCGCAUCCCCGUCCACAUGAUUGAGACCAUCAAUAAACUGAUCCGUACUUCCCGUUACCUUGUUCAGGAAAAAGGCAGAGAACCCCUGCCGGAGGAAAUCGCUGGUGAAAUGGACAUAUCCCUUGACAAAGUGCGACAGGUAUUUCGGAUUGCACAGGAGCCAAUCUCUUUAGAAACUUCGGUCGGAGAAGAUGAGGACAGCCAACUCCGAGACUUUAUUGAAGACAAAACUUCAAAGUCUCCGGUCGCCGAAGCGACAUUUACCAUGCUCAAAGAGCGUAUCGAAGAGGUUCUCCGGACAUUAACAGAGCGCGAGGCGAAGGUAAUCCGCUUGAGAUUUGGGAUUGGGGAUGGAUACCCCCGGACGCUAGAGGAGGUUGGCACGGAGUUUCAAGUCACCCGUGAACGGAUACGCCAGAUAGAAGCGAAGGCACUGCGAAAAUUGCGUCACCCAACCCGGAGUCAGCAGCUGCGUGGCUUCCUUGAUGGUUGA